AUGCCCCGUAAACCGGUGAGGCAUCGCCGAUUGAUGAAAUAUCAACCCCUGACUUUUUCGCCAUUUGCUCGUCAAGUCGCUCGGGUUGCCUCCAGCUGCAUGUCCAACCGCCAAAUGCACAGCCCAGACCUCCCGAAAAAAUCUCAACCUAACUCCGCAGGUAAUGGAUCGAGGAAGAACACUUUGAAAGUCAAGAAUGAACACUCCGAGUCUUCUGAUGAAGAAGAGUUUGAUGGAACUGUGCAAGCAGAUUUUGCUUUCUUUGAUCCAAAACCUGAUGACUUUCAUGGAGUGAAGACCUUGCUACAGACCUACCUUGAUGAUAUAGAAUGGGAUUUGAGUGGUUUUGUAGACUUAGUUUUGGAACAGACCACUGUAGGAACUGUUGUUAAAAUAGAGGAUGAUGAAGACAAUGGAAUUUUUGCUCUUGCUACUGCCCUUAACUUGGGCAGAUAUAAGGACCACAAAUGUUUUAUGGAGGUUAAGGAGUUUCUCCUUAAGGUAUCUCAAGAGAAGGAUGUAAUAGAUGACCUGCAAUCACUUUUGGGAAAGGAAGCAGAGAGUGUCGGUCUCUUGGUCUCUCAACGGGUGAUGAAUUUACCUCCACAGCUCUUGCCACCUCUUUAUGAUGCACUCUUUGAUGAAGUCUCUUGGGCUACAGAAGAUGAGCCAACAGAGGAGCUCCGCAAUUUCUUUCGUUUUAAGUUUUAUAUAAUAGUCAGUAAAGUUUACAAGCACAAAAAUGCACACCAGAAAAAGGGCAUGAGUGCUAGUGACGAGGAAAUAAUAUAUAUAAAGCCAGAAGAUGAAAUUUUUCAUGAGCUAAGCUCCUGGUCGUUUGAAUUUUCUUUGCACACUCAGCAGCUUGCAACUCAUGAGCUGAGAGACUAUCGGCAGAUGGGGUUAGUCAUGGCAGUUAAAGCAGACAAGAUCCCUGCAUUUCGACAGCAGCAUGAGGACAUUCACAUGGUGAAGGUUUUGGAAGCGCUCGUUGGUCCCAAAUGGUCCCUCAAAAGAUUCAUCGAAAAAGCAGAGCAAGGAAAGGUACAGAAAUAUUGUAUUGAGAAACGUGUCAUGGACCAUCAUAAGCUAUUAUCUCCCAGAUUCUAUAUGAACCAGAAAGGAAAAUAG